AUGGAAGACAAUAUCAAUAAGCAUCCGUUGUGUUUCGACAUAGCUAUACUAGAUGGCUUCUUCAUGUUACACCAAAUAAAAGAAAUACCUCAAACCUUUAAUGGGUUAUCUAAGAAGUUCCUCAGCAUAAUAACUCAAUUUAAAGCAAGUCGCAUUGACAUUAUAUUUGAUCAAUAUUUUACACCCUCAAUUGAAAAAUGUAAGCGUACACCUAAUCAAAUACGACCUCAUAACUUUACUGCUCAGCUCAAAAACAUGCAAUUCAAGGAAGCUCUAGUUAAAUUUUUUAUUAAACACUGGUCUACUGACAACAUGGCACCUUCUAUUGCUAAUAAAACAAUUUACUUAAGUUUAAACGAGUGUUACUGCUAUCAGGUUAAAGAUAAUAAGUUCCUUGGAGACCAAUUACCAUCAUUGAUUGCUGAUAUUAUAGUUCAAGAUAGUCAAGUUUUAGAAAACAACGAUAUACCUGAAGACAACUCUGUCAAUGAUGAAAGCAAUGAUCACAAUGAAAGUAGUGACGAUGAUAAUGACCUUAAAGAUGCUUUAUUUUAA